UCCGCAGUCACUUCCUGCAGCUGUUUCCCUGUGGGUAGGGUUGGACUGACUUUUGACAGUCAGCCUUCAGCUGUGGAGGGGGCUCGGCGGCCGCGAGCGGAGAAAGUUGCUCCGAACAGAGGCGGGGUGGAGCCGGGUCGAGCCGGGCGCGCAGGGCUGGCGGCGGCGGGCGUCCGGGACGGACGCGGCGCCGAGACUGCCGCCGCGUCCCGGGGGUUCCGAUUUGAAGACUCAACUUCUUAUCGCCUAUUGGAUUAUGCCCACAGCUUUCCUACCCAAUGAUCCUCUUGCAACAGGCCGGGCUUCCUCUACCUAAGCGACCUUCAUCCUCUCCUCCUAUGUCAGUGGCCACCAGGUCUUCAGGAACCUUGCAGCUUCCACCACAGAAGCCUUUUGGGCAAGAGGCAUCCUUGCCUCUGGCUGGGRAAGAAGAAUUACCUAAGGGAGGGGAGCAAGACUCUGCCCUGGAGGAGCUGUGUAAGCCCCUGUACUGUAAACUCUGUAAUGUCACCCUGAACUCAGCACAGCAAGCUCAGGCUCAUUAUCAGGGUAAAAAUCAUGGUAAGAAACUCCGAAAUUACUAUGCAGCCAAUAGCUGUCCUCCUCCUGCCAGAAUGAGCAAUGUGGUGGAGCCUGUAGCUACCCCAGUUGUUCCAGUCCCUCCACAGAUGGGCUCCUUCAAGCCAGGAGGCAGAGUGAUCCUGGCCACAGAGAAUGAUUACUGUAAGCUCUGUGAUGCCUCCUUUAGUUCCCCGGCUGUGGCUCAGGCUCACUAUCAAGGGAAGAAUCAUGCCAAGAGGCUGCGACUGGCGGAAGCUCAGAGUAACUCAUUCUCGGACUCCUCAGAGGUGGGUCAACGACGAGCUCGGAAAGAGGGGAAUGAAUUUAAGAUGAUGCCUAAUAGGAGAAAUAUGUAUACAGUACAGAAUAAUUCAGCAGGUCCUUACUUCAAUCCCCGUUCUCGGCAGAGAAUUCCACGUGAUCUAGCCAUGUGCGUUACUCCAAGUGGCCAGUUUUACUGCUCAAUGUGUAAUGUUGGGGCUGGCGAAGAGAUGGAGUUCCGGCAGCACUUAGAGAGCAAGCAACACAAAAGCAAGGUGUCUGAGCAGCGGUACAGGAAUGAGAUGGAGAAUCUGGGCUAUGUAUAGUGAUGGCCACAUUCAGAUAGAGCAGCUUGUCCUGCCUGUUUGCCUUCUGUCAAUUUGCCCUGCUUUGUGGUCCUUUURAUAUGAGUACAUUCCUCUGCUUAAUGUUAAUACAUGUAGCCUGCAGUGGUACCACAAGAUGUCAAAACUUGGGGGUGGGGGGAGGGAAACGUGCUUCUUCGGUCAUAAUACUUUCCCAGGUCAACUGUGUUGAGCUACUUGUAGCAUGUGACCUACCUACCCCAUCCGAAAUAACUUUAUCUUGGCCAAGUUCUGGUUGACUAGUAGCCUGAUCACUUAAAGCUAUGACUAUUUAAAAACUUCAACUUCUUUUGUCAUUUUAGUUUUAUGUACUGUUAAAUAAAGAGUUGUAUUGAGUUCUUACUUCAGAUCACGGUUAAAACAGGUAAGCAGAGUUCUGUUUCCCAAGGCUUCGCUGGAACCAUUACCUCCAUGCACUGUCAGUAGGAUAUGUCAUUAUAAUGGCAUUAGGGUCUUUCCCAGGACACUUUCCCUGUAUCAUGUCCCUCCACCACCAAAAUGCAGAUUUUCUUGAAUUCAGACACUUGCAGUGUGCUUUUUGUCUUCCAAGUGGCUAAACUUCAUUUCCAAUUAUGGAUUUCACACAUUUAAUUGCCACCACCAUUCUCUUCUUUUUUUCCCCUCCACUAGUGAAUCAACUUGUCUAAUAAGCUCAUUUUCAUGUCCUAGCUCUGCUGUGGUUUUUCUAAGCCCCAGAUUUGAGUGUCUAAUGAGUUUAAGAUGGACAUGACUUUUAAAAUAUUUUCAGCUGAUUUUAGGAAACAUAAAGAUGGGUUUGAUUUUUUUUUCAGUUUAGAGUUAUGCUUUUAUUCAUGGUAAUAUGCCCUUGUGUGAUGGUCUCAACCAUAAUUUCAGAUCUCUUGAUAUAUUGUUUUGGCAGGUUUUUUAGAUGAUCCAGUUCUUGUACUUUACAUUCUUCUCUGUCUUGCCAGAUGCUGUCCUGAAAAGUACCACUUCCUGCUGUUUCAUAGAUAGAGGAAUUUUUUUUUUAAAAAGCUGACAAGUUUUAGUGUCAUCAUUUCCAGUAGAAAAAUACAUGGGCUUUUUUUCAUCCUUUGUAAUCUGGCAUCUCUGAGAAUAUUCAAACUAUAUUAUAGAUGAUUUUGGUAUCUGAUAAUUAUAAUGGUAUUACUAUUAUUUUGGGGUUUUGUUUUUAAAAUAUGAAGUCAUAGAGUAUGUCUAGAUGAACUAAUGAAGUAUUAUAUAAAAUUUCAUUAAUUUUGUAUUUGAUCUCUUUGACAUGGAUAAGACUGACACUCAGUCUUAUUUCUUUUGAAAAGCCACAUUCACCAAGAAGGUUGUUUUGAACCAUGUUUUUGUACACUUGAUUGCUUAUGUUGCUAAUUAAAACUCUUUGUGUAACCUUGAGAGUUCUAUAGGCAAGUAGAUGGAGAGCAGGAAAAUUUCAAUCACCAUUCCUUUUUGGUAAUUUUUCAGAACAAUUUUUGAGCCAUCCAGACCCAUAGUUAAAAAUUGGUUUUGUGAUUAACUUCCGGAACAAUAUCAAGUUAUUUUCUUCUACUGAAGUGAUGGUUUACCAAAAAAUAGAAUUCUUUGGUAAAUUUUUUUCCCAGAAAUAGAAAAAUAAAAUAAUGUUAUGUUGAGAUUCUAUAUGGACCUGUGACUUUUAGUAUUAUAACCUUUUUUCAGUAAUUAUAAAAUUGAUUAGUUUAAGAAGGUUAGGGAUUAUUUUACUGGCUAAUAGGUUACUCAUUUUGCUGCUAAGUUUCACUUUUUGGGUAGAUAUGAAUAUAGUGCUGCCACUUGAUUCAAUGAGUACUUAGAAAUCUCACAUUAUCCCUCUGUAUGUGUGCAUUCCCAUUCCCAUACUCACGCCCAUUCCCAUACCCAUAGCCAUAGCCACGCAGGCACACACGCAAACACAGUUUUAUAUGAUACCCUAGAGAGAAUGUCAUUGUAUCUUUAUAUUUCAGAUAACAUUAAAAGAUUGUGAAUAUGAAUUUACAUCUUGUAAAAGUGGCAUUCAUUUACUUUUAGUUUUUCCUCUGGAAAUGAAAUUAAAGGAUGUGUUUUCCCUGCUCUCCUUACUUAACAAUUUCAUCAUCUGUGUACAAAAAGCAGUGGACUUAAGGGCUUGAUGUUUUUUCAGGCCUUGUGUAUUCAGGUUUCCAGUUUCCCAAUGCCCUUAAUGGAUGUUAUGAAUGCAUAAGCGCAUUUUCUUUAAAAGAAAGAAGUUAGAUUUAUAGUGUUAUUUCUUACUUGCUAUCUUUUUUUGCACUAAAAAAGAGCUAUGUGUUUGUUUUAUAUGACACUUUAGUACCAUAUUGCCUACAGUAACUCAAUUUGUUUCUUAAUUUCUAAACUCUAGGAAGUUGAUAACUUCAACAAUCACUUAUAGAGGUUACAUGCACAUCAAAAAGAAAAAAAAAUCACAGAUGUCUAUGCUAGUAGUUGUGUUUUGUACUAGUUACCUUGCAGUAUUCACCUGUGCUCCAUAGGUGAGACAAGGGGCGACAGGGAUUGUCAUCACUGCAUGGAACAGUUUCUCAUAUUCACACAUUCUGUACAGUGUUUCUUCCCUGUGUAAGCGGGCCGCUGUUGCCUCUAAGUCAGUGAUAUGUGAUCGCUGUUGGCAUCCUUUUGUCAAGUCCAGUCCUGCUCUGUAACGUGCUUUAGGAUCUUCACUCUGUGCUCCCCAAGGAAUCAUGUGUCUUAUAUGCCAAAUACAAGGACAGAUAGAGGUCUAACCAGAAAAGGACCUUUAGUCAAAAAAAAAAAAAAAUCAGUAGAUUUCAGUAAUCAUUUGUUAAGAACUCUUAGUAACAAAGUCUCUUUUUUCUGUGACUCCUUGUGUAUGUUGUCAUUAAAAAUCAAUGUUUGAAAGGAAUGCUUCUAAGAUAUCAAGAGUGAGAGAUUUUAAAGGAAAAGUUCCAUAUAUCAAUUAGAAGAUUAGCCUGCAUACGCCUUCAAAGUAUUUUUUUGUUUUGUUUUAAAGUUCACUUGUGAAGCUGAUGGUUGUCUUAUAAUCCUUUGACUCCACACUGAGUAGGAAACACUUUGUUGGUCUUGACUUUUGUAUGUCAUGUUCUGCAACUUGUAAAUAUGUGCAUGUUGUUCAUUAUAUUUGUCUGCUUGUUUCUUAUUGCACUGAAUUCUGCAAGAUGAAUACUUUAUUUUUUUUAAUAACAUUUGUUUUGAAAAGUCUCCCCCCCCAACUCUUUCUCACUAUUUUCCCCUUUAAUUAAUUGCAAAACCUAGAAAACCAUUUAGGAUUUUUUUUAGACCCUGAGGUUCAAUGAAGACUCUUGGUGAUUCAAGAUUAUCCCCGUAUCCCUUUGACUCAAAAGGUGAAUGUAAAGUGUGAGACCUCCCACGUCUUUACAGAGCUAUUCUGCAGAACCUUAUGCUUGCUUAUAGCUACCUGUCUACAGUUUGGACAUGGAUAAAGUGAGAAAUACAUCUUCAUACACACAAAUAUGUGUGUAUGUAUCUGGUAAAAUCUUCCUCUGUAGAUAGAUUCUAAAGCUUAGUAGUGGGAUUGUGAUUCCUUCACUCUGAAGUUGUCUGAGAAUGUGAGCAAUGACAGUUUGAGGACUGUUCAUUGACCUAUGUAAAAUGAGUCUUACUUGUGUCAGGGGAGACCUAUAACUGUUUGAUGUAAUAUUCUCUGUAGAGAGGCCUAAAAAUGGUGGAUUUGGAACCUAACCUACUUUGUUUUGUGUCAGAGCUUAGAUUGGAAAUACUAGCUAAAGAACUUGGUGAGGCAUGUACUAAGGACAACAGAGCUGCUUUAGGAAUGUUAUGUCUGCAUAGACAAAACUUUAAUGUAGAUUUUUGAACAAGUGUUUAAAAAGAUUGAUGUUAUCAACUAUUUUUUCCCUUAUCAAAUCACUACUUAGGAGUUUCAUAUGUAAUAAAAUAAUGUUUUGCUGUUUUUGUGUUGUUGGUGGGGGAACCCCUAACAUUGUGAGCUUUUUCUGUCCAUGUAACUGAAURGAUAAAUUGCUGUAUAAAUAGCUUCUCAUAAGACAUUUCUACUGAUAGCUGUUUGAUGUUUUCUUCCCAUUGUGAAUGGGGAGAUAAUUUAUAAACUCCCUUUCUGGGUAGCUACCAAAAAAGUACUGGCUUAUGGUCCCAUGUGACCCUGUGUCCGUUAAGCCCAGAAUAUGAGUGCCUUUAGUAUGUAUCAGCAUUUCACAGAGAGAAGAGAUGACAGAGUUAUUGCCAUUAAUCACAGUUCAUAAAACAGGAGCUUGGAAUCGCAAAGGUCUGAGUGGAUUCURUUCCACAUCUGGUUUUUUCUUUCUUAAUGCAGUCUCAGUGUGAUAUCAAGUAAAACUGUUGUUAUUGAUCAGGAACCAUACACUCUGAAGAUGAAUCCAGUUUCCCUGGCUGGCAGUAUUCACCUUGAUGUGUUAUUACAUGGUGGUGUAGUGGAUUGGGAGAACUUGACAUGAUGUUUAGAAAUAUAAUAUUUUUUUGUGUGUGUGUGUGGUAUCAGGGAUUGUCCCCAGGUGCACUGUACCACUGAGCUACAUCCCCAGCCCUUUUUAUUUUCUACCCAUCACUCCAGCUCUCAAUCCCCUGGGGUAUACAUUUCRUUGUAAAUUUCAGACUAUAAACUCACGAGGUGUUAUUAAUAUUUGUUUGAAUAUUAGUAGCAUCUUGAAAGCUGUGUAUAAAGUUGACACUCUGAGCCAGUCUCCACAUCUUUGUUUCCUCCUGUGGCCUUGCCUCUUCCAAUUUCUGUUCUGUGCAUGCUUAGAGUGAAGAAAGACAACUCCCUUUGCAAACUCAAGUUUUCUGGAGUUGGCUAUUUGAAAUGCUUAAUUGUCAUAAAUGUUAAAGUUUCACGAUGAGAGUUUUUUUUUUUUUCUUUAUCUCUCUUCUGAUGAUGUGUUCUUGCUGAACUAUAUAUGCAGCUUCUUCAGAAAACUGUCAAGUACUGAUUGGGGUGUUUGAAAUAAGCUUUUACCUCAUUUCAAUUGGUUGCUGCUUAUUUUCCUGAUACUUCUUCUUUCCCUGCUUUCUGCUGCUCUCCAAGAAGGUUGAGGGGAGUAAAGGGUCAAGCCCACCCAUGAUUAGCUGUUUCAGACAAUUUUAGAACAGAUUGGGUAGGUUAGAAAGUUGCAGCUAUUAAUUUAUGUAAAGAAUUUGAUUUGAGUUCCCUGAGUAUUGUAAUUACUCAUGCUUCAAGUUGUAAUUAGCAGAAUUAAAAAUGAUUGUACUGUACAAUGAGUUGUUGAAAUUGUGAGCCUUAGUWACUAUCUUUAGCUUUACUCCAGUAAUGUUAAGAAAAUCUUUUUGACAUAGGCCUUUAUUUUUAGGCCCACUUUUUUUGGACAGAUUGCAGGAUUUAAGUGACUUGCUUCAGGUCAUAAUGUUUCAAUGGAUAAAACUGUAUCAGAAUUAAAACUUAAGUGUUUCUGAUUUAUAUUCUUAUGCUUGUUUGAUAAGAUU